CAGGGCAGUGACGUCACCCCGCCUGCGCGUCUCCGUGUUUAGGAGCCGAGGAGUUGAGCUGGUUUCUCUUCGUUACACAGAGCAGAGAGGAGCUCGUUUCGGGCUCGGUUCGGCCUCGGCGCCGAGGCAGUGGAGGCGGUGAAGGCAGCGAGGCGUUAGUGAGACACAGCCCGCAGCGCUGCAGCUUCGCCCGCGGCUCCGACAGCAGCGACCCGCUGACACACCGAGCUGUGCUGAAGCGCCGGUGUCGGACCCGCAGUUCCGGCGGUUUCCACUGUGUGUCAGUAGUCAUGACGUCGGUGGUACUGGUGGACAGUGGAGGACGAGUGGUGGAGUACAUCACUGCAGUGGACGAUUUACAGCAGAUGCAGGGUGUGGGCGAGUUCCCGGCCGUGGCGGUGGAGCAGCUGGACGACGGGGUGGACGCUGAGGUGCUGGUCUAUGAUGACGCAGAGCUGAUGCAGGAUGUAGCCGAGGAGCAGGAAGUGGAGACGGAGACGGUGGAGACAGUGGAGGCGUCGGUGCACGGAGGCUACGGCGCGAGCUGCCCCGAUAAAACCAUCGAAGCAGCCGAAGCUCUGCUACACAUGGACUCGCCGUCCAGCUUACGAGGAGACCGCAGCCCAGAGGUGUUUGUUCCUCCGUGCGUCUCCACUCCGGAGUUCCUGCAUGCUGCGAUGCGUCCUGACGUCGUCACGGAGACGGUGGUGGAGGUCAGCACAGAGGAGGCGGAGCCUAUGGAGGUGGUGACCCUCAUACAGGAGCCGCAGGGGCUGGAGACCAGCAGGAGGAGGAAAGCUGGGAGAAAGCCGAAGCCCCACUCCAUAUCAAACGGAUCCCCCGAUUUGGGAAUCAAGAAAAAGUCCAGAGAGGGUAAAGGCAGUACGUACCUGUGGGAGUUCCUGCUGGACCUGCUGCAGGAUAAGAACACCUGUCCCAGGUAUAUAAAGUGGACUCAGAGGGAGAAGGGCAUCUUUAAGCUGGUGGAUUCGAAGGCCGUGUCCAAACUGUGGGGCAAACACAAGAACAAACCCGACAUGAACUACGAGACGAUGGGCCGUGCGCUCAGGUAUUACUAUCAAAGGGGGAUCCUGUCGAAGGUGGAAGGUCAGCGGUUGGUGUAUCAGUUUAAGGAGAUGCCGAAGGACAUCGUGGUGAUCGACGACGAUGACGAAGAUGAAGAUAAGGGCGACUCCAGCUGUGAGGAUUUGGCCAGCGAGGUGUCGUGUGACCGAGUGUUGACCGCCGACCUCUCAAAGACCCCCGGCAUCCUGAGGGGGGCGGGGGCAGUAGUGCUGAACACCGUGUCCCACAGAGCAAACAACCCACUCACAGCCACGCCUCUUCAGCGCAUAGUGACCGUCUCCACGGCAACGGAUGCCUCGCAGCCGUCCCAUGCCACCAUUCUUUCCAACACCAGUGCGCCCAGGACUGUCCGAGUUGCAAUGCAAGUGCCAGUCGUCAUGACGACCUCCCUGGGACAGAAGAUCUCUACGGUUGCCGUGCCGUCAGCCAACCCCCCUCUCCUCACCACGGCGACGUCGCCCACCAGCAUCGCCACGGCAUCCGGAGGUCCCGCCCCUGCCCAAAAGGUUCUGAUCCAGACGGUUCCGGCGAUGGAGAACGGAGAGAAGAUCACAGUGCAGCUUGCCAAGAUCAUCACCAUCCCCACGGCGCAGCUCACGCACUGCCAGCUGCAGCCUAAAGGGGGCGCAGCAGCUCCCACCAGCUUCAGCCUGCUGGGGGCGCCGCUGGCAUUGCGCUCCAUCACGCCUGCCACGCAAGUGGUCAGACUAGCUGUACCUGCCCAGCCAAGCCCCGCCCCCACACUCCAGAACGCAGCCAAUCAGAAUCUGAGCCCCACCCACACGCUGCAGAGCGCAGCCUGUGCCAAUCCAGCCCAGAUUGUCCAGAACGUGGCCAAUCAGAGUUCAGGCUCUGCCCAAGUAGGCACCGCCCACAUGCUGCAGAUCACAGCUAAUCCUGCCCACACGCUGGCAACUUCCAGCUCCGCUCAAAGCUCCGCCCAGAUGCGCCAGAAUGUAGCCAAUCAAAGUCUGGGCUCAACCCAAAACCCCACCCACGUGAGCCAGAAUGCAGCCAAUCAGAAUCCACAUACGUCCCAAAGCCCCGCCCCUUCCUCAGUUACAGUUCGGAUCCAGGUCCAGCAUGCGGGGGAGUCAAAAGUAGUCACAGCGCCUCCUGCUGGACACGCGACUCAACCACAGCCGGAAUCCACGGCGCUGACCUCGGCGACAUCUCGGCAGGACCCAGCCGGACAGGAAGUGGCAGGAUCCACACAGGAAGUGCCCACGCACAGCUGAAGGUGGAGGAGAGUCAUGGACCGUCGUGAAUGUCGGUCAGUUCCCACCGGCCGGUCGGAGCCACAGUGCUCGCCCUAGCGUCCGGCUGGGGUGAGCGGAGCUCGGCCUGUACAGUCAGAGGUCACGCUGAGGUUAAAUCGGCGAAACGGAAAAAGGGACCAAACAGAAACGCUACAGAUCUUCAUCGGAAACGCUGACGACACUAAACAGGAUCACUACAGCGGAGACACGGCCACAAAGACUUCAAACCAAAUGUGAACUUCAGAGCUCCUGUAAAAAAUUUUGAUACCCUGUAAAGAGAUUUUUUCUCUCUUGUUUUUCUUUUCUUUUGCAUUUUUUGAUGCAAAACCAGCAGAAACGUUUGGACUGUCACUGUGAGGUCGGAGCUCCGGGCGCCGCGAGUGACAGGAACUGUGACAGGGAAAAGGAGGGAAAGAAUGGAAGAGAGAGAGAGUGAGAGAGAAUGAGAGAGAGAGGGAUUUAGACAAGCAGACGGUUGUACAUAUUAACUCUGCAGAUAAACUGACUCAGCCUUUGGACUGUUCAUAUAUCAGACUUUCUUUACUUUUCGUUUUCACAACUUAUGAAGCUUUUUAUGUUGAAGGGAUAGUCCAGCAAAAAAUCUAAUUUGCAUUUUCCCCCUUACUUUAUUAUCCAUGAUGACAAACUUCUCUUUUACCAUGAAGCAAGCGCUGAUCGGAAGUUCAGUUAGUACAUUUAAUAGAACAAAACCAGUUUUGGUUGCAGAUGAAUGUGUGCAGUUAUUUUAAUGUCUCUGCCCUGAACUUCGUCGCUUCCAAUAAUUACUAGGAAGCUGCAAAAGAAAAUCAACAAUGUAAAUUUUAUGAAGGUCAAUAUUUAGAGUAUUGUGAACUUUAAGAAUGAAGUUCUGGUAAAAUUAAAUUCUAAUGAAAGAAAUAUUCUGCACUUCCUAUAAAAAUAACAAUCGGAAUAAAAUUUGAAGUUAAUGUCUUAAAUUCAUCAAAUUUGAUGAGUAAUCAAAUCUUGACAAUUAUUUAAAUAUAUAAUUGCAGCAUAAAACUCAACAUGUUAGCAACCACCUGGGACACCAUAGCUAUGGCCUAGCAACUCUUAAACAACCACCUGGGAUACCAUAGCUAUGGUCAAGGUACACCUUAGCAACCACCUGGGAUACCAUAUCACUGGCCAAGCAACACCUUAGCAACCACCUGGGAUACCAUAGCUAUGGUCAAGGUACACCUUAGCAACCAUCUGGGAUACCAUAGCAGUGGCCAAGCAACACCUUAGCAACCACCUGAGAUACCGUAGCAAUGGCCAAGCAACACCUUAGCAGCCACCUGGGAUACCACACACUCUGUCCUAGACAAGCUCUGUCAAGCCAACCUAUAGCAACUCAGAAUCCUUAUAACACAACAAUAACAAAAUAUUUAAGAACAUUGAGUUCAGUUUAAAUCUAGUUUUUGAUGUAAAUAAACAACAAUGAUUAAAAAAUAAUUCCAAACUUCUUGACAUUCUAAAAUUCGAGGAAAAGACAAAAAUCCAGUGUUCCAGGUGGUUGCUAACGUGCUAAGCUAUACUAAUGUACUUUAAUCGAUGUUUACGGAUUACAGUGAGUCAUACAGCAUCAGAAAUCGCUUAAGCAGGUUUAUUAGCGAUACUGAACACCACCACGCGGAGGUGGUGACGCCUGAAACAAGUAUGUGGCGUUAGCAUCAUGCUAAUCGCACGCCACAUUAUCCUCGUAGCUUUGGUGCUAAAGCCCGUCCUGGAUGUCUGAAGUGGGGGGUAAACUGUACGCUUGUUUUUUAGCUGAACUGUCGCUUUAAGCAAGAGUAUUUUUAGCACGUUGUACCAGGCGCAGUAUUACUGGCUAACGGGCAGCGGCGGGAUUCGUAGUUUGUAUGUUUGUAGCUGUUUGUGUGAGAACGGUCAGGAUUCGCCCGAUCCCACGGCAAUGGUUUCAGGAAACGGUCACCGACUGCCCACCACUCUUCUCUGCACUUCGCUUAUUCUUAGUCACCGAAGAGGGAGAACCAGAUGUUUGUGUUCAGAAUGAACUAGUUUGUAUAUUCAACAUUUGAAGUAUAUUCUAUUUUGUUGUACUCUUGUUUCAAAGUGUAUUCAAGUAGAUUUUACUGAAAUAUUAAAAAACUGAAUCUUGAA